UUCAGCGUUUCAAGAGCGAGGCUCCGGGAAGAAAGGAAACAAAAAUAUCAAAAUGUCAUACAUUGAUGCAGAGGAGACCAUGGACUGGACAAAUUCUGACAACUAUGAUCAGGAUGAAAGUGAAGCUCAAGUGACUCUCUCCAUCAAAUGGUCAGGGGGUCCUCAGCCAAAAAAAUGUGAUAUAAAACUAGAGAGGGCUCUCCAGGCAUGGGCCAACAAAAACAGCUUUGCAGUAGACUAUCAUGUUUCCAAAGUCUAUGACGAUGGGAGAGCUGCAGUUAAGAUCACACCAGCUCCAGCCCUGAGUGAACUCCAGCAACUGUGUGGACAAAAACUGACCAUCAGAGAUGAGAAAGUAGCAGUUGAAAUCCUGUAUGUUAUUCUGUCACCACUGGGAUCAGUGCCACAAACACCCGAUGAUGCUUCUCUGAACUCUUGUCCUCCAUCUGAGUCAGAGCCCAAAGAUGUGCAAGAAAAACUGGGGCAACAAAAAAAUGGCAUGGCACAAAAUGCAAACAAAGCUUCAAAAGCCCCACCUCCUUCAGCUGGGUCAGAAACUCAACCUGUGGGACAAAGUAGUUUCAGCAGAUCAACAGCAGUUUCCACAACAGGUGACGAGUCGCUCACUAGUAUUCUUGCAGUGAGCCCUUUCUGGUACUUGAACCACAUCUACAAGGAGGAAAUUGAUCAUAUACAGACAAAGAAUGAUGUUACAAUGAGCGCAAAUGCACAUGUAACAUUCACAGCAAACAAGGGAAAUGGAAGCCCACAAGAUGCUGUCUCUGACUUCAAAGCUCUUGUUCAGAAUUUCUUGGAAAAUGAAUUUGAAGGCGCAGAAUUUGAAGGCGCAGAUAUGUCUCUGAAGAACAGAGAUCCCAAACAGCUGAAUGAAGUGCUGAAAAUUGUCCAGAACAAGGAUAGCAAGCUCCUGCUAACCUUGUCCUCUGAAGAAAUGAUUGUAAACGGGCCAAGCAGCAGUGUAGAAGCUGUCGACAAGUUCCUCAACACAAUGACAGUUAUGAACAUGCCUGAUGAAGAAUCAACAGUAACGUCAAGAGAUGAGUCCUCAGGGGCUUCUAUUGACGCUACGGUGAAUAUUACAAUAAACAGUGAAGACCCUCUUCUUGAAUCUGGGCUCAUCAUUGAGGAGGACUCCUGGAAACGGCUAAAAACUAAACCCAUUGAAGACAAGUUUGGUGUGGGCUUCAGUGCAUCAAGAAACAGUAAAGACCAUGUUAAAGUCAAAGCUCACUACAGAGGCUUAAGAGGAAAUGCAUCAAUGGAGAGUCAUGCCCUCAGAGCUCUUCGUUUGUACCAGAAGACCACCACAUCCCCCUUGAACUACAACCAGCCCCAUGGUGCCGCAGGUUUCAUUGACUUACCGAUAAACCCAAACGAAGAUCUUUACACAUCAGACAAGGACUCCAGUGAACCUAACAGGAACAGAAAACCAAGUUACAACAUACACUACAAUGAUGCACCCAAAACAGAGGGAGCCACUGCAGGAGACAACGAAGAAGAAAAAUGUCCUAUAUGCUUGGAUUCAUUCACGAAGAAGCAGCAGCUGAAGUGCAAGCAUGAGUUUUGUGAGGAAUGCCUGGAACAGGCAAAGGCGACUCAGGGACCCAUCUGCCCGGUGUGUAAAUAUGUCUUUGGUAAGGUGGAGGGAAACCAGCCUGAUGGAGAAAUGACAUGGCGGUCAACCGGCCCAUCACUCCCUGGAUUUUCAAACUGCGGCACCAUAACUAUAACCUACAAUAUUCCAAGUGGAAGACAGACGGAAAAGCAUCCAAAUCCUGGGCAGCCCUAUCAUGGUAUUAACAGAAGGGCAUAUCUACCAGACAACAAAGAGGGCAAAGAAGUGCUUCAACUGUUGAAGAAAGCUUUUGAUCAGAAGCUCAUUUUCACUGUUGGGAUGUCAAGAACAACUGGGUAUGAGAACCAGGUGAUCUGGAAUGACAUUCACCACAAAACCUCAACAACAGGAGGAGCACAAGGAUUUGGGUACCCUGAUCCAGAUUACCUGAGGAGAGUCAGAGAGGAACUGAAGGCUAACGGCAUUGAGUGAAACUUUGACUAGUAGUUUGAUAAAACAAGAUCAAGAGGAACAAAAUUGCUCAAUAUUGUUAAUUUUCCAUCAUUGUUGUCACUGAUCAUGACGUUUUCUUUAAAAAAAGGUUGAUUUAAGGUGCAGCGAACAGCUUUUACAGCUUAAAAGUUUAUCUUCAUCCAUAUAUUAAUCAGACAUUUCUUUGGUGACAUCUCUUCUUUUUAAUAGCUUGAUUAUAUUUUUAGAGGAUGUAAAAACACAUGAAUGAUGGUUGAAGUUGUAGUGAAAAAUUUAAGCUUGCAUUAUGCAUGUUAUUACAUUCACAUUUUAAUAAACUUGCACAAACUCCUGUUUUCUUCAAUUCAUUGGCACAUGUUGUGAGAAAUAAACACAAAACACACUGGCUUGUUUUCUGUACAAUUUUUUAAAACUUUAUUUAUAACAAUAUCUGUUAUUUAGUUUGUAAAGUACUCCAGCAAAAAUUAAACAUUAUUCUCUUUCCAGAAGAAAGACUGAGCCUCCAUGCAUUGUGUACUAUAAAAGCUAUGUGUCAUUUUUCAUUAAAAAACAAAACAAGGACUAAUCAGAAAAAAGAAUUUUGAAAAUGCAUGUAUGAUUUUGCAAAAAUGUUCUUUAAGUAAAAUGAUUGUACUUAUCUCUCAAUUAAAGACAAAACAUAUACAACAGCAUAAAAUAACACUUGCUGACAGGUAAGCAAAAUAAAAACUUGUUAUCGUAGUUACAUUAGAGAUUGGUGUUACUGUUCACAUGCAUUAAGAUAUGGCUGACACAUUUCUGACAGAAGCAGCAUUUUGGGACAGAGGCUGAGCGUAAGGACGUGUCAGAGCGACCAGAAUGGUAGCAUUAGCAGCAGCAGGGCACAGAGAAAAGAGAACAAGAUUAGAAAGACACUAAAGAAUGAACAUGAUGAUCUUAAGACUGAGUCAUUACAAAAACUGUGGAUGUAUAGACAUUGCUCCUCAAAAGGUAGAAAGAUAAAUGAAGUCACAAAGCCAGAUGUUAUCUGGUUUUUAAAAAAGGAAAAGGACAGGAGAAAUAAAAGACAACCAAAAGUAACCUUCUGGAUCUAUAUUUACCUUCUGUUUUAUCGGAUCUGCAGCUUCUACUUCCUUUCAGAGGAAGAGCCUUUUGCAGGUUGGACACUGUCCAUCAGAGUUUAGUAUCUGCUGUGGACCUCCUCUAAUCAGCCACCCUUCUCCACACGUGUAUAAUCUCUGCCUGGAAUGUUUGACCCAUAACCAACUUCCUCAAUCUCCAUCAUCUCAAAUCACCACUCACUCUCUUUAGCAACGCAAGCUCCAACCUGUCACACAACGUGAUAAAAACAAACAUACCUGUUCUACAUCUCACGGUAUAAAGCCAACAGUAUACACUUUACCGUAAAGUAUGUAUCCUGUGCAAGGAAGACAACAACACAAUCAUUUCAUGAACAUUGUUCUCUGAGAAAAAAAUUGUGGAAAUACUGUAGUUGCCAUCUGGUAUUGACAUUGUACAUGUGCUAUACACAAACGGUGCUAUCACAAAUCUGUCACACAAUCUCGCUAAGAAACCCAGCGAGACAACAUAUGUACCGAUUUUUAGAAAACUUUGAGUUUUACCUUUCCCGCUCAAAGUCAACACAAACAACAAACAGUUGGCACUGGUGAAAUGGAACAAUGUUUUUUUCUUUUCUAUACAAUUCAUACAAAAAUAAAAAAUUAAAAUUGCUCCAAUGAUAGCAUCUUUUCUUCAGAUUUUUUCUUGUUUCCAUUUCAUUUUGCACAGAGGUAGUGGCUAUUUAGGUAAAGGGUAAGGGACAAAGUGUAAAUUAAAAAUCUCUCAUAGAAAAUGUUAUUCAUUUUUGACCAGAGGAAUCUCAAAAGAACAAAAUAUAAUACUGCAAUCACAUACAAAAGUA